GCUAGCUAGAUAUGUCUGGAUUAAUUACAUACAAAGUAGUAAACGAAAAGGCUAAAGGACCGAGCAAAUGAUUAAAUAACUUCAAUGGGAAGGUUUUUGGCAAAUUCAACGGGGAACCGAGAGCAAAAGGAAAGGGUGUUAUCAGGGCUGCUUUUGGAAGUUGGAAGAUGGUUUAGGAUAAGAAGGAAAAUGACGGCAUAUGAUGAUGGUUUUGAAAUAACGACUGAGGUUUCCCCUUUCUGGUUUCUGGAUUUCAUUCUCAUUUCGUUUGGGAAACUACCAGGUCCUUCUUUCGCAAAUUGCCGUUCUUUGUUUGAUAUGGUGAUGCGACGGUAUGAAAAAAAUUUGGAUUAUAUAUCUGUGUGUUUUUGUUUUGGUUUCUUCUCUCUUUUUUUGUGUAUAUCUCUAGGUGAUUUGGGGUAUCAUGUUUACUCUCAAUAGCUAGUAGCGAGGUUUGACUAAGGCGCUGGGUGUGAAGCACGAGCAGCUAUUC